AUGUCUACUCCUUGUCAAGGGACUAAACGUGGAAGAGCUACUAAUAUUAUGCAUAAAUUUUUCAAAACUAUUGAAGCAGCAACUAGUAGUGUGAUGUUUUCGUCUCCAUCAUCUGCUAGAAAUCAUGAAGUUCCAGUUGUAAAUUGUGAACCUGAAGAAGUUGAGGGUACUCGAAGAACUGUUGAAGUUGAGGGUACUCGGAGAACUGAUUUUGAAGAAGUUGAGGGUACUCAAAGAACUGAUGGAGUUGAGGGUAUUCAAAGAACUGAUUUUGAAGAAGUUGAGGGUACUCGAAGAACUGAUCUUGAAGAAUUGGAUACUCGAAUCGUACCUGAAGUUGACGAUAGUGCGUAUGUUACUUCUUUAGAACGGGAUCCUGGAUUACGUAUACCGAUAAUGCAGCAUCCAGCUAACAAACGUGAUGAAGUUCGCCGAGCUUAUCUACAAAUGGGGCGUAUUAGAAUAAAACUUGCUAAGUAUCCAGGUACUCCAAUGGGAAUCCAAGACCGUCGAUUUUCUGCGAAGUGGUUUAAUGAAUUUCAUUGGUUAGAAUAUUCUAAAGCUAAAGAUGUUGUGUUCUGUUUCUAUUGCUAUUUAUUUGAGAAAAAUCCACCAAGAAGACCAGAGUACACUUUUGAAGGAUUUAGAAAUUGGCAUAACUUUAAAAAUGGAGCUAAAUGUGCAUUUUUGGCACACAUGGGAAGUAGCAAUUCUGUACACUUCACAUCUUGUGAAGCGGGUGAGAAUUUAAAGAAUCCACAACAACAUAUUUCCACUAUUAUCCGUAUGCAGUCGAUAGAGAUUAUACGGAGAAACAGGUUAAGAUUCACAAUAUCGGUUCAAUGUGCCAUGUGGUUCGCUUUUCAGCAGUGUCCUUUUAGAGGACACGAUGAGUCGAAAAAUUCAAAGAAACGUGGUAAUUUUAUUGAGAUGGUUAGAUUUUCCGCCACACUCAAUGACAAGGUGAAAGAGGUUGUCCUAGAAAAUGCUCCCAAAAAUUCUACUUAUACGUCGCCUGCUAUUCAAAAAGAGAUUUUGAAUAUUGUUUCUAACAAAAUCAGAGACAAUAUUAGUGAAGAAAUUGGAGAUAGGAAAUAUUGCAUACUUGUGGAUGAAUCUAAAGAUGCUUCAGAUAAAGAGCAGAUGGUGCUAGUUUUGAGGUAUGUGGAUAGUGAUGGGUAUGUUCAAGAACGUUUUUUCGAUAUUCAACGUGUGAAAAACACUUGUGAUGUAACUCUAAAAAAAGGUAUAACUGAUAUUCUUAAUCGUUAUAAUCUUCCUAUUCAAAACAUGCGAGGACAAGGUUAUGAUGGUGCUAACAAUAUGCGAGGAUCUUUCCAAGAUGCUCAACAAUAUGAUAUUAACCAAAGGUUGGUUAAUGGUGAUCUUGAGACAGGUAGAGGGGCUAAUCAAAUAGCUUAUACAACUAUUGAAGAUAUUAGUACAAGUGAUCCUAACGAGACAUGUGGGGUAGGUCAAGCACAAAGUACUUUAGAAAAAAUGCAAGAAUUUAAAUUUGUUUCUGUAUUACAUCUAGUAUAUAAGAUAAUGGGAUACACUGAAAUACUAUGUCAAGGACUUCAAAAGAAAAAACAAGACAUAGUCAAUGCCGUGGAUUUAGUUUUGAACACUAAGCUUUUACUUCAUAAAUUAAGAUCAGAUGAAGAUGGUUAUCGACUUUUUAUCGAAACAGUGUGCCUAUUUUGCAUUGAACAUGGUAUCGACAUCCCUGAUAUGACUGCACCUUAUAUGCAAGAUCAUCAUUAUCACCAUGAUAUUUUUAAUGCUGCAAUUGAUCUUCAGAUCGCGGAAUUAGUUGGAAGGUUUCCUGAGGAUACAAUGGAGUUACUUGUUCUUUGUUCAUGUUUGGAUCCUCGAGAAUCUUUCAAAGCAUUCCAUGUAGAAAAUCUUUGUACUUUAGAUGAAAAGUUUUAUCCUCUCGAUUUCAGUCGACAAGAGGUACAUACUUUGAGAAAUGAAUUAUACCACUAUGGGCAAGAUGUAGUCAAGCAUGCUGGUUUUAAGAACUUAUCAACUGUUGCUGAAUUAUGUAGACGUCUAGUGGAAACAAGAAACGCAUAUGUUUAUCCUUUAGUUGACAGGAUGAUUCGUCUUAUAUUAACUCUUCCUGUUUCUACAGCAAUUGCGGAACUGUAUUUUUAA